AUGACUCAUGAGGAGCACAUCUGGGUUGACAACGUUUCUGAAGACCAAAUCUGGACUGUUGUUCAUGAAAACCAUUUUCCUGACCAGAACAAGCUCAGCUUUAGCAUUCAAGAUCUUUUAUCGGUCACUGGGAACAUCAUUGAUGAUGCAGCCAAUAACUCCGUCGUUGAUAAUAUUCUACAGCAAAAUGCACCUGACAUGACAAAUAUCUACAACGGGAAGGACACCUUCAUCUCUCCAUUAUGCCUUCUGAAGUCCAUUAGCUGCCAGCGAGAGGCAGUGCUAACCCUAGCAGCCUUUGCUUUGGAAUAUGGAGAUUUCUGGCACCUUGCCCAGCACUAUGGUAAACUUGACAAACUUACCAAGUCAGUGGCAAUCCUUAAGCGAGUGUCGAUCCUUAUCAAACAUGAAAUCCUAGAGAAACGCAAGGCUGCGGUUACUGAGCUUAACAAUUUGAUCAUGGAAACAUAUCAUGUGAUUGGUUACAUCUUUGAGCUGGAGCAUCUUCUACAGCAGAACAAUCCAAAUGAUGUUCCUACAUUGACCACUGCAAUCAAAAAAAUCCCAACGGCAGUGUAUUGGACAAUCUACUCUAUUGUAGCAUGUACGGCUGAGAUCAACCGUCUUACCAGUGAUAAGGAGGAGCCGGACAAUCUACCCAAGCAGCUUUCCCUGAAAAUCAAUGAAAUCCACAAGAAGCUUAAGGAAGAUUAUAAGAGAUGCAUGAAAGAAAAAGCGGAGACAAUCAAGUACCUAUGGAUUUCUAAGGAACUUGUAAUCUGUGAAAACAUCACGAAGGUUAUCAGCACCUUGAUUCUUUACAACGAUACUGAGCAGCCCGUCGUUAGUCGUGAUUCUAAUAACAACAAGAUCGAUGGAGAUACAUUUAUCAAUGAGGUGAAGGGGAAAUAUCUGUUGUUAUAUAUCUCGAGCCUGAAAAAUAUAUCGAAAGAAGAACUUUUGCGGCUCACAAAUCUGUAUAAAAGAAUUGAUCAAGAGUAUAAUUGCAAGAUUGUGUGGAUCCCCAUUGAGGGUGACUGGACAACUGAAGCCAAAACAAAAGAGUCGCAGUUUAUGGAAUGGAGGAAGAUGAUGCCGUGGUACGCAGUGCAAUAUUUUUCCUCCCCAUCAUACAUGUACCUCAAGAAAGAGUGGAAAGUCAGGGGAAAUUCCACGGUGGUGUUGAUCAACCCCCAAGGAAAGGUUAAAAACACCAAUGCGCUUCCCUCGAUUAAGGAUGCCAGUAUCAAUUUCUUUGAUUUCCUGGAUAUUAAGGUCCACACAAUGCUUAAGCCAGUAGUGGCUCAUAUUACAAAGGAGGACACCCAACUUCAACAAUCGAUGGAAAACAAAGGAUACACUUUCUUCAUUGGAGGCAAAAACCAGAAAACGACCAGUGAGUUGUGCAACAAGAUAAUAAAAGCAAAGCCUGCCAUUGAGAAAGAACUGAAAAUACAGAUUGGGUUAGCUACUGUUACGGCAGCAUCAGAGACUGAGAAGACUUUCUGGGCCGGCAUGGAAAACCUCUUCUUUAGCUUGGCUCACUACAGCAAGGAGUACGAGUACGAGCAGGUGACAAAAGAAGUCCACAAGCUACUUUCUUACAAAUUACACAAAGACGAUAUCGACGGAUGGAUUAUGCUUACCAAAGGAUGGACUGUGGUGACCUGUGGUCAGGCUAACACUAUUUUCACAACCCUAGAGGAAUUUUCUUUCUGGAAGCAACACAUAAUUGGGAAGGAAUGGGGACAUGCUUUCACCAAGCACCAUGCCCGUCUUAUAACUGGGAAAAAAGGACUCUCCUGCAUCACCUUUCAGAUUGCUGGAAAUGCCCCAAUGCACUUGGACUGCCCAGUCUGUGACGACCCCAUGGAGACCAAGUUGGUCAAAUAUAACUGCUGCCACCCUCGUCUGCAGAAUGCUGCAAAUUAA